AGAAGGCACUGUAAUCCAAAAUGUCGCUGUGGUGGUGUCCAAUUUUGCUCUUUUUGGGGAUUCUUUCCUUCAAUAUUCCGUCAUUACAGGGAGAUGAUGAAUUUGAGGGCCUUUCCCACUUGAACAUUGAGCAUAGUUUUGAUCAUGGAUCAGAUCCAGUUUUCGUCAAAAGAGGGACAAUCACGAUCAGCUCCAUGACGAACAAUCUCGCCCAGUUUAUACAAGCGGAACCUCUGUCAGAGAAUGAGCGCAGAAAGUUACAGGACCUUGCCAGAGAGAAUGGUGUUUAUCGUAUCAGAGUCCCAGUAAAAGUUGGUGGGCCACUGAGUGGCAAUCCAAGUUUAGAUUAUGUCUCUACAUUCAUCAGAGCAUGCUCCAUGUAUGAAUCCCUGCUGUCUGAUGAGAUUACGCUAAAUGUCGAUCCGAACGGGAACGUGAUUGGUGUGUCAAUCACAACCAAUCCUGCUGUGUGCGUAGGACGGGAUAUGGAUUUAGAGAACCUGAAAGAGUUUAAUACAACUGUGGAUAUAAGGCAGACCAUUGUUGCACCGGUACCUGACACACAAAGUUACAUUGAAAAGAUAGAAAAUGAGAAAGCCCAAAAAGCCAAAGGAGAACAAGGAGACAAUAGAUCAUUCUUUGCAAAAUAUUGGAUGUACAUUGUACCAGUGGUCAUUUUCCUCAUGAUUGCAUCUAAUGCAGACCAAGGUGGUGGUGGUGGAAGAUAAUGUUGUCUUUUUCCCGUAGUUUUUUAUUGUAAAUUUUUACUGUUGUAUUAAAUUAUCAAGUAAAAU